GAUAAUUAUGGGUGUGGCAGCUCCAACUGAACGCCAGAAAAACGAGGAGAUUCAGUGACCCAUGAUGUGUAAGCCAUUGGGGCAUGAGAUCUGAUGUCCAGUCUGAGAUAUUGUACUGGCUUACAAAAAUCAUCACCAUGGAAAUACUAUUUGACUAGGUCUUCCGCUCUCCAGUUUACUACCUGUCUAGGCUGCGUAGGUAACAGCACUCACCAUAUGCUCAGAGGCACACAUUACCAAAUUCUUCCUAAACAUUGCUGUCCCAUGAAUCUACUGGUUUUUCUUUUGCCGUAAGCCUAUGCAGAAAGUGCGCUAGCCAAAGGAUAGUAUUGAUGACACAGAAGAUGUGUCACUCUUUGAUGCUGAUGAUGAAAUGUCCAGAAGGCCCAAGAAAUCAAAGAUAAAACAUCCAGUAGCCUCCUUUUUCCACUUGUUCUUCCGGAUCAGUGCAAUAAUAGUCUACUUACUCUGCGAAUUGUUGAGCAGCAGUUAUAUUGCCUGUAUGGUGAUGAUCAUCUUGCUUCUCUCAUGCGACUUCUGGGCAGUGAAGAAUGUCACAGGGAGGUUGAUGGUUGGCCUCCGUUGGUGGAACCAGGUUGAUGAUGAUGGCAAGAGCCAAUGGGUGUUUGAAUCCAGGAAGGCAUCUGCUAAAGGCAAGAAAGCCACAUCCGAAGCAGAGUCCAGAAUCUUCUGGUUAGGACUGAUCACAUGCCCUUUGCUCUGGGUGAUCUUUGCCUUCAGCGCCUUGUUUUCCUUCAAAGUGAAGUGGCUGGCAGUGGUUAUUAUGGGCUUGACACUGCAGGGAGCAAAUCUUUAUGGCUAUAUCCGGUGCAAAGUGGGCAGCAGGAAGAACUUGACCAGCAUGGCAACCUCUUAUCUCGGCAGGCAGUUCUUGCGGCAGACUGUGUCCAAAGAGGACCAGGGAGUAUCCUGAAGAUGACAAAGAGACCCCAAUUUUUGCUUUGGUUAAUUCUAGAGAAUGAGAAAUAUUACCUUGGCCCCCUGUACAGGAGACUUAUAAUCUCUGUGUGGAUUUUUGUAAUUAAAUACAUCUUCUAGAAACUAAUGUUAUUUCUCAUUACUUACAACAUAUUUUGCAGAGCCCUUCCUGUUACUUAACUAGCUGCUGGACUCCUUGGGUGAUAUAGCUAUCUUUUACCCUUCAAUAGAAUAUCUAGAUGGCAGAUAAUGACUACUUAUGCACUGCAUUCCUUAAGUACCAUGGGCCAUUUCCAUGAGUGUUACUGUGAAAUCCUGGGCAGUUCCUGAAUCUGUUUUGCCCAGGAAACACCAGAAUCAAGACUUGAGUAACCUUUAUACAAAAUUCAAAAUCUGAUAUCUUAUCUGCAGAAUUGUAAUAGUUUUUGGUUUAAUUUUUUAAAAGCAAGUUUCUAGCCUUCUGGACAGAGAAGAAAAUUUGAAAAACGAUUGGGUAACUUUGCCUAAAGGAAAGGAGGCUUGGUAAAGUUUCCAGUUUGCAUGGGGAACAAUAGGACCAAAGUAUUUCCUACUUGCAAAACCAAUUCCAACUAAAGAUUUUUGGUUUCUUGUUUACUGCCUAGAGACUGCCUAAGCUGGUUGUAAAUAUUUCCUGACUAUGGAGAUCUAUAUUCCUGAUAUCUGUCAAAUACCCAUCCUUCAGAUUUGCUUUCUGAAGAAGUUCUACUGAUUUAGUUAGAGUAGCCCACUGGGAUUUCAUAGGAACCAUCCUUAAAUGUGUUUUACCUAAAUGGUCAGAAUGGGCUAAGCAAUGUAUCUGCACACCAAUGAAGUUGAGUAGCAUCUUAGUGGGAUCUGUGGAAGAUUGAAUGUAUUUGACCAUCCUUUGAGAGAGCCAUUUCCUGGAUUAUGAGUGAAAAUGGGUAAAACUUACUCUGGGUUAUCUGGGAAGCGAAGCACAGUGAUGCAGAUGUGCUAAUGGCAGUAUUUUAGAGUGUGGCCUCUGUUCUUGCCACUGGGAAUGACUGACCUAUGUGAUGAUCUGCACUUUGCUAUAAUAUAUUUGCAAGCAUGACCUAGAAACCUUUCUUCCUUCUCUUGAGAUACAGAAUGUCACAAAUGUUCAGUUCACAGACUUCUCCAGUGUGAGUAAUCUACACACAUACUGGGGGUUGGGAGAAAGCCUGGGGCCUGCAUGUGCACAGAAACACACACCUUAUUGCACAUGUAAAACAUUUUAUAAGCUAAAGGCUUGUACAUCAGCCCUCAGAUUUCUGCCUUGGCCUUGCAAUCUAGCCCUACCUUUUCAGCAGUGAAUAGAUUGGGUGGGUGGGGUGUGGUUAUGUACAAAUGCACAUACAUAGGCAUGGUUCAUACAAAAUAUUCUACCUUCACAGAGGAGGAACAUACAAGCUGAAGGCUUACUCCUGUGCCUUGCCACUUGCAGAGCAAAUGCACCGGGGCCAUAUGAGAACUGAUCCUAAACUGCUAGUAAAAUGAACACUGGACUUUUUUCUUUUUCUUAAUUUAGAGCAACAUGAGUGGGAGGUUUUAGACUUCCAGACUGAUUCACACACCUUUAUCUCAGUCCAUGGGAACAAACUAGACGAAACUGAACCAGUCGUGCAUGUAUACUUACAAGCUCAUUUUGACAUACUGGGAUAAUAGCACUUGGCUGCAAACUUACCAUAAAAAGCUAACCCCCCCCCUCCCUUUCCUGUAACAGACUGAGAUGGGUUGUGGAUCAGCUUUUUCACGUUGUGGCUGACUGGGUUACUUUCAGACUCAGUAUUAAAUGAAUUAACAUUAAUACUUUCUGGAUGCAGUCCUCUAAUCAAGCUCUCCUUUUUCAUUAUAUGAGCAAUUUGCAUAUUUCUCAAGGUGUUUAAAUUGGAGUCUCAGCUGCACUAUUCAAUUACUAUUAAGAUGGCAAGAUAGCUGCAAAGAAGGAUUGAUUGUAAAGUAGAAUUAAUAACAUGUUGCCUAACUGUGGCUACACUUCUUUAUUGGAAGGAAGAAUCUGUUAGUUGGCAAGACUCUUAUGUGGGAAUAUAUUUCUAGUUAAUAGUUGGGAGGAGGGUUGUUUUUAUCUGAAUAAUAUAAGCUUGAGUGUGUGUUUUUUCUGGAGAUACAACAGCGAUGUAUUUAAACUGAAAGAUCUGACCUGCAUUUUGCAUGUUUGUGAAACACUUGAGUUUUUCAGAGGAAUAUAUUUUUUUAAAGUUGUAUAAAUGGUUAGAUUUGUGUGCAGACAUCAUUUGUCUGCAGUGCUGAUGUGUAAUGUCUGUUGAAAAUAUUAAUAAGUUAUGGUUUUAA